UAAUAAAUGUUAACUUUCAUUUAGCAAUUUUGUUAGUAAUAUUGACUUGCCAACAUGAUACUAACUUGGAAGAGACAUAUGAAGGUCAACAUUGCAAAAUUUUAAUAUUUUAAUUAAGAAAAAAGUUACAAAUUUAUUAACGAUAAUGUAAAAAUGGCUAAUAUUUUGAUGCAUUACGAACAAAUUGGCUAAUUAAUAACAUUUUAAUAGAUUUGAAUAAUAUUAAAAAAAAUUAAAAAAAAUUGAAUAAAAAAUAAACGUUACCUUCAAUAAAAUUUUGACUUGAUUUGGUAAUUGUCAUAUUAACCAUUUGAACAUUCCUAACAACAUGGUUUAAACAAAUCUACACAUAAUAUAAUACGCCGAAGGGAAAAACGGGAGCUUCAUUUCAAAUUUCUUGCAACGAGAGUGAAAGUAGGAAGGACAUUUUGGUCUUCACAAUUACUUUUUUUUAUUGUGAAAGUAGGAAGGACAUUUUGGUCUUCACAAUUACUUUUUUUUAUUCAUUAAAAAGACACGUACUGGGAUUUGAACCAUGACCAUUUUAAAGAAAAGCAAGGAUAAUAACCAAUCACACUAAGCACAUUUGUUGUAUCUUUUUAAAUUAAAAACAUACCCAUUUCAAAUUCCCUGCUCCAUGAGUGUUUGUAGGAAGGGUAGAAUAGGAAGUGUCAAUUUUUUUCUCUUUCCUCUGUGGAACGGGCCAACUUACCGUACACAUGCGAAUUUAAACGGGUCCAGGAGUGUCAAUUUUUUUUCUUUAAACCCUUUUAUUUCUCCGUGGUGAUUAAAUAUAUAUGAAAAGGAAAAACUAAUACUCCUUUUUAUUGUUAAAAAUAAAAAAUUUAACGAUAAACUAAUGCAUGGUAUCUAAUGGGCUAACCGCUAACCAUAAAAUAAAAGAGUUGAAUGGGCCUGACCUACAUGGGAUUUGGCCAUCAAGUAAAACAAAUGAACAUCAUUGGUUUGUCAUUCUAAAACAAGUUAUUUUCUAUUAUGCUAUUAUUUUAUAUCUUAGUGGCUAAAAUAUAAUGUAUUUUAAAGUUAUUCAACGGUUCAACCUCGGCCAACACAAUUAGUCCAAUUUUUAUCAUUUCAAAUAUAUAUUUUAUAGUUAUUUGAUAUCACAAUGAUCAAAUUAUAGUGUAUUUUAUAGGGAAUCGUUUGGUAUUUGUUAGUAAAAAACUAAACAUAACGAUCUAUUUGGUUAUUUUAAACAUUAUAACGAUCCUAAACAUUUUCAGUUCCUUUUGAAUUUCCAUGGUUUUAAUCUCGAUUAAGUGAUGUGCAAAUGGCGAAUUGUAGUCAUCUCUUUUCUUUCACUAUUUUUUUAUUUUCAAAUAGAAAGUUUAAAAGUAAAGAAUAAUUAGAAUUGGCAUGGGUCGAUCGAACAGGCUGAAUUUCAAGUUUUGGCCUGUUUGUUUUAUGCAUUGCAAAUUUAUUAGCAUGUUGAUGGAAAUGGCUUGGAAAAAAGACAUAUAAGUUGUACCUUUGCAGAAAUGUCCUCAAAUGUUUGAAUGUUUUGUGAAUCAGGUUCCGUGACUUUUGUGAUGGUGUAUGUGCUUGACGAUUGCUCUUUUGAUUUUCCCUAUGAGUUGUGAUACCAGUUCUGGUGGUUGCAGCAUGUUGUCGUUGUUGGCCUGUAAAAGUUGUUCCACCGUGGUGCUAAAUACCUUUCUUUCUUUUUUAACAAAUUGUGUGGUAGUGCUAUGAAACAGACCACCCAUGAAUGUUACGCUUAUUAUGGUCUGUUCUUACUUCCGUUGGUGAGAAAUUGUGAAUUGAGAAUCAUAUUCGCCUACCGCACUGUGUCUGGCUGGUGGCUGCUUACUGUGCUCUCUAGAGUUAUGAAACAGACUACCCAUGAACGUUACCCUUAAGAGUCCAUAACUUUGCGAAAAACCAAAUUUAGGCAAUCAAAGGUGGUGGAUGUAUGAUAUUUUUUAUGGCUUAAUUGUUUGUGAAUUGGAUAUAUGAUCUUUGUAUGAUUAGAGGGGAUGUUUGCUUAAUAGAAUAAUCCAUUUUAAUUCAUGUUUAUUUUUAACAUGAACUUUAGUAACUCAAAACCUUCGAGACACAUAUCACCUACUGCAUUGUAUCAUUUUGCCUGGGUGCUUGCUGUGUUGUCAAACUUCUUUGCCGCUGCUGCUGCUUUUACACUAACAGGGGAGUUAAGAACCCAUGAAUGUUUUCGUUUGACACAAACAGGAGGACUUGCUUCUAAAUCGUGCAGUUGAUAUACUGGAGACCAGAACAAAAGCAAUGUAUAACAUCAAAACCAACCAUCUGAACUAUUAGCAUUGUUGCUUUACUCUUUUUUCGUGGUUAGGUCUCCUUCAAAAAAUUUAGUUUGAUUUUAGAAAAUUUUGCUUCUGCAGUCCUGUCUUGGCACCAACGCGUUCAGUAGAUGGAGAUGGCAGAGGCGAAGGCUAUUUUUGUGUUGUUGUUGCUGGUUUAGGGAUCGGUUUGUGAAGAAGAGGGAGAAGAGAGGGGGAAAGGGAAAUGCAGGAGAGGGGGUUAACUCUUUUCUCUGACAAAAAUGGAGUGAAGAAAAGAAUUAUGAUCAGUAAGGAUAUGGUUAUCUUACAUAACUGUCUCUAUUCUGUUGGAAUUGAGCUUGGGAGGCAGUGAUAAGGACGAGCUGCAACCAAUUCAUAGUGAGAAGAGAGCUAUGAACUGUGAUCAUGUCCUAUUUCAAGUUAGAAGGUAGUUUUGAGUAUAAGGAUUAUUUAAUUUGACAAGUUGUUUCGUCCAUGAUUCUUGGUAGUUUCAGUGCCAUUCUAGCCAUUGUUUAGUCUGUAAUUUUUGAGAAUUGAUUUGCGAGUAAUGACUUUCACUUAGCUUCACUAUUAUGCGUGUAUUUAUUGUCAUGUGAUAGAAUUCUCUUUUCCUUUCUUUGAAUUCAGUUUCAUACUCUAAUUGUAUCAUUUGUACAUAGGCAAAUCAUGCUCGAGAUGACAACUCACCGAUAUGGCUGGUGCAAGGAACGAAGCCAUCAUUAGAAUUCAGACCGACAACGGGGAGGGAUGCCCAGGACUAAUUCAAUGAUGAUUGAUGAUGGUAUAAUAAAAACUGCAGUCUGCAUCAGCACCAAUUUCUAGGCCUAAGUAAAGUUAUUCAACCAGAACUCUGCUUAGCGCUAAAAAUUCCCCUCACCCAACCUUGAUCCUGUUUGACCCACUUAUGAAGAUUCAAGAUAUAUGACUAAUCCUCUCCGUUCGUAUUUUCUUAUUGACUCUUUCUGACCCUUUAGGUUGGGGCGGGUCGGGAAGAAUCGGAUUAGUGGGUCGGUCCUAAGCAAGUGGAAUCCCAAUUCCUUCUACUCUCACUUGCUUUUUCUCCUAUUCCACAAGUGGGUAACAUACACUAAUCCGGCCAACGGGCCGGAUAAUAGGCUAGUAUGUUACGAGAAGCUCAAUUCCGUCAAUCGCCACCAGCGAGCGUGGAGCAGUUGCGAAUCAAAUACAGCGAAGAAUAUUUGUCUUUUCGCCGCCGGCCGAAAUGGUUUAUCUCUCCUACCAGAGUGAGUGUCGUUUUUCUUCCUCCGCUGCUCCUUAUGGUAACACGAGUCAACACUCUCUCGAUCGAUCAAAAAUUCAGGAGGCACUACUUUCCCCGAAUUGGUUGAAAUUCUGUUGCGAUGGCUUCUUUCUCGGCUUCUCUCCUGCAGCCCCAACAUCUGACGCCGGCGAAAUCCUCCGACGUUUCGCUACAGUCGCCGCUGUUGUACCGCACGAAUCUCCCCUUUCGGACCCUUGAUGGGUUUCGAUUCCUGCGAAAUGGGUCGGUCAGCACUAACAGAAUUGACGCAUUUACUCAUCGAGCUCAGGCUGUGAUUGAUUCCGGUGUGGAAAUUUCUGAUGUUCCGAUCCUCACUGCUUCGGAGGUGGUUGAGAGACUGAGAUCAAGCAGAGAGAAUGGCAAAGGGAAGCAGGAGUUCCUGGCAAUGUACUCUAGCGUUGUUGGUGGAAUAACAACUGAUCCAGCAGCUAUGGUUAUACCAAUGGAUGACCAUAUGGUCCAUAGGGGCCAUGGCGUCUUUGACACUGCUGCGAUCAUGGAUGGGCACCUGUAUGAGCUGGACCAACAUCUUGACCGCAUUCUAAGAUCAGCAUCCAUGGCAAAGAUCACUCUUCCAUUUGACAGGGAGACCAUAAGAAACAUACUAAUACAAACAGUGAGCGCCUCUAGAUGCCAAAAGGGAUCCCUACGGUACUGGCUUUCAGUAGGACCUGGUGACUUCCAACUAUCUCCUUCAUCCGGUUGUCAUCAGGCAGCCCUUUAUGCAAUCGUGAUUCAAGACCAAUCCCCCUUCGACUCCAAAGGCGUGAGGGUUGUGACCUCAUCGAUCCCCAUAAAGCCUCCACAAUUCGCCACCAUGAAGAGCGUCAAUUACCUCCCCAACGUGCUCUCGAAGAUGGAAGCUGAGGAGAAGGGCGCAUUUGCAGCUAUUUGGCUGGAUGAGGAUGGGUUCAUAGCUGAAGGUCCUAACAUGAAUGUAGGGUUUGUCACCAAAGAGAAAGAGCUUUUGAUGCCUCGGUUUGACAAGAUAUUGAGUGGCUGCACUGCUAAGAGAGUGCUGACACUAGCUGAAGGGCUGGUGAGAGAGGGGAAGCUUGGAAGUGUAACUGUGAGGGACGUGAGCGUUGAAGAAGGGAAGCAAGCUGAUGAGAUGAUGCUCAUCGGGAGUGGGAUCCUCGUUCGCCCUGUUGUCCAGUGGGAUGAACAAGUCAUAGGUGAUGGAAAGGAAGGUCCCAUAUCUCAGGCGCUACUGAAUUUGAUACUUGAUGACAUGAAAUCCGGGCCACCUACUGUUCGAGUUGCGGUUCCUUGACUGUGAUGCUGGAGCUGCCUUGAUCCAGAAGGUAUUUGCAAGAGGCAAUAAGUUCCUGUGUUGCCACUUGCCAUGUAAGUUGGAAAAUGAAAGCCAGAUCUCUCUCAUACAGCAGCAAGUGGAGGAUCUAGUCAGAGGCAACCGGCCUUGGAAUUUUCUCUCCUUCCUUUAUUUCACCUUUUUUUCAAGCUUUCCUCUUGUUUGAUACUGGUAAACAGUGAGCCAUUAUGCAUUUGGGCGGUGCUUUAAGUAAGAUAUAAGAUAUAUAUACAUAUGAUGAUAUCAUCGCCAGACACCAUCUAUGCAAACAAAACAAAAGACUGAACAUAUGUGAUAUGAACCUAGGCAAUGAUGUGGAUUUGGGUCAACGGAUGGAUGCCUCCUUGUUAUCUUCUCGCUCGUUGACAAACGUUUAAGUUUAAGGACUGUGCUGUUUAUAAAGACUAAUUUUGGGACCGUAUUGAUAACAACCGUUAAAUUGAAGCACUCAUUCGCAUACUGGUAGGCGGACAACGCAACGUGACGGAAGUGGACGGAACGGUAACUGCAACGUGUCACUCAAACACUGGUUCCCCACCACCUCAUCAAAUGCUAAUAAUGGGUAAAAAUGAGGAAAAAGGCCAAAAAAAUAAAAUGACAAGACAGCGCUUAUCACCAAGAAAGUAAGAAGAGAAGAACCAACUACGCAUUAAAAGAGGCCCACAGUAGAACUAAAUUUUCUGAUUAUUUUGUUUUAAUUUUUCAUUAAACAUUUUUUUUCUUCUGGUUUUCCGGAGAGGGAGAGGAAAGAGGCGACCUUUCGAACAAACAACUGUUUUCUGUUCUGUGCGGCAGCUCAUAUAAUUAUUUUUUUUUGAUCCGGUAAAGCGAGAGCGUUAUACAGGGCACGGAAUAAGGAUUCUUGCCGGAGGAAUUAUUAUUCUUCACUGUUUCAGUGUCGCCGGAAUUGGACUUCCAGCGAUCUCGUUUUCGGCAGAAUAAGGGAGGGUUGGUUGAUUUGAUUGGUGGCCGGGGGUUGGGUUUUGAAGAGAUUCCGGGGAAGAUGGUGAAUCCUAUGGUGGAACGGGCUACGAGCGACAUGUUGAUCGGGCCUGAUUGGGCUAUGAAUAUCGAGAUCUGCGACAUGUGCAACCACGACCCUGGGUACGCGCGCUAUUUGCCUUGCCCCCACUUCUCUCGUAAUUUCUGCUUCGAUUCUCCUUUUGCGGACUUGUUUCUAUGUGUUUUGCUUCCCAAUCGAUUGUUUGAGCGGUAAUUCAGCGGAGUGGGCAGUGUGGCUUUUGAUCGAUUGGUUGUUAGCUGGGAUUGAGGAAGCUCUAGUGGGCAAAACGCUGUGAAUAUCGGUUUGGUCUUUACUCUUGAUUGUAGCUCAAAUUUCCGAAUUUUAAGCUGCUGCGGAUUUGGGGGUUUAUGGUGAAAGGCUCGUAUCUUUGCAGCAAGUGGAUACAGUUAUCUCUUGGUUGAAUUUGUUUCAUCAUGUUUUGUGCUUUAGUUGCUCGGGAGAGGUUUAGGGCCUCCUACUAAUAGAGUGUUUCUUCACUA